AUGGGAAUGAUGACCUCCAACUGCUCAGAGCUGCCUCUCCAGCUGGAAAAAUACUACUUACCCACCAUGUACGGGGUGGAGUUCAUUCUGGGAUUCCUGGGAAACCUGACCGUCAUCCUGGGUUAUCUGCUUUGGAUGAGGAGAUGGAGGAGCAUUAAUGUGUAUCUCUUUAACCUGGCUGUGUCUGACCUGGUCUUUCUGUGCACAUUACCAUACCUUUCAUAUACAUAUGCAUGGAAGCAAGGGAACACCCUACCAAACAUCUGCCUCAUCAAUCGGUUCAUCCUGCACAUCAACCUGUACUCAAGCAUCCUUUUCAUGGUCUGGGUCAGCCUGGACCGGUACCUGCUGCUCCAGAAUCCCCUCCGCCAGCAUAUCCUGCUGAAAUUUAAAACAGCUGUUUGGAUCUCUGCCAUCUCCUGGCUCCUUGUCACAAUACAGGUUACCCCACUGAUGAUCUUCAUAUUAGCUGACCUAAAGCUGAACAACUGGACCCAAUGCAGUGAUUUCGGCAGCUUGUCUGGGCAUGAAAUGACAGAGCACCUAGCCUACAGUUUGGUCCUGACCCUGACAGGCUUCAUCAUACCUCUGCUCGCUAUCUGCUUCUUCACUCUUGGUAUCACACGCCUCUUAAAGACCCAGGAAGGAGUGUUCAGCCAGCGGUCCGUCAGUUUUCAUCGUCCUCGCUGCGUCGCGCUCAUGGCUUUUAUCAUGUUCCUCGUGCUGUACUCGCCCUACCACCUGAUGCGAAAUGUAUACAUCAUUUCACAGCUGACUGGGCUGGACAGUUCCACGCACAGCCGUAUAAAGAGCCUGUAUAUCCUCAGCCGGCCUGUGGCUUUCGCCCACAGUGUCAUUAACCCAGUGUUUUAUUUCCUCAUGGGGGACCAAUUUAAGGAGCUGCUGCUGAAUGGGAUUCGAAGUCUGUUCGCAACCCACUGCAGGCUGUAGUGUUUUGAAUCUUAAAGAAACACAUUGAUAAUGUGAGAAAUGGAAAGUAUCUUCUAGGUUUGUUUAUCAGAAUAGCAUAUGCCGCCAAUUGUAACCUAAAGGUUAAAUACCGCAUUUUGCAAUAUUUGCUACUUAAUGUGUAAGCUUAUUCCUCCAAAACCAGCCACUAGGGGGUGCUUAAGAUUUUCUUCCGCUAGGAAUUUUUGGCAUAUGGAGCUCUUAGCUUUCUUUGACAGAAACAUCUCACAUAGUCGUAAGAAGGUUAUUGCAGCUUUAAAGUCAAGGAUAGCAACUCUGUUUCAUCCUUUGAGAAAUGUGCUUAUGUGUAUUGCUUCUAUGAAUAUCCAUCUGUAUUGAGCAU